AUGGCCGGAGAUUCCAGCUUCAUGGACAAAAACAUGGAGAUCGUUGCGACCACCAAACACACCAAAACCCCACACAAACCAUCUCGCGACAAGGUCCUAGCGACUGACCGGACUCAGCUGCUGGCCAAACCCAAGAAACCCCGGCAGCGGUAUGUGGAGAAGGAUGGAAAGUGUAAUGUCCAUCAUGGAAACGUUCAGGAAACCUACAGAUACUUUAGUGACCUCUUUACCACCUUAGUGGACCUCAAAUGGAGGUUCAACCUCCUCAUCUUCACUCUGGUCUUCACUAUUACUUGGCUCUUCUUUGGCUUCAUAUGGUGGCUGAUAGCCUACAUCCGAGGAGAUCUCGACCACUUGGGAGAUGAAGAGUGGAUACCCUGCGUCAGGAACUUGAAUGGGUUUGUGUCGGCCUUUUUGUUUUCCAUAGAGACUGAAACGACCAUUGGGUACGGUCACCGGGUCAUCACUGAGAAGUGUCCAGAAGGAAUUAUUUUGUUGUUGAUCCAAGCGAUUCUGGGGUCCAUCGUCAAUGCUCUGAUGGUGGGCUGUAUGUUCGUCAAGAUUUCCCAGCCAAAGAAGAGGGCAGAAACACUGAUGUUCUCCCAGAGAGCCGUCAUCUCUCUCCGGGAUGAGAAGCUGUGUCUGAUGUUUCGAGUGGGAGAUCUGCGUAAUUCGCACAUCGUGGAGGCCUCGAUCCGGGCCAAACUGAUCAAAUCCAAACAGACCAAAGAAGGGGAGUUCAUCCCGCUCAACCAGACCGACAUCAACGUGGGCUUCGACACUGGGGAUGACCGGCUGUUUCUCGUCUCUCCUCUCAUCAUUUCCCACGAGAUCAACGAGAAGAGCCCCUUCUGGGAGAUGAGUCGCAGUGAGUUGGAGCAGGAGGAGUUUGAGAUUGUGGUGAUCCUGGAGGGAAUGGUGGAAGCCACAGGAAUGACGUGCCAGGCCAGGAGCUCCUACUCAGAUAAGGAGGUGCUGUGGGGCUACCGCUUUAACCCUGUGCUGACGCUGGAGAAGGAUUUUUACGAGGUGGAUUACAACAGCUUUCACCAGACGUAUGAGACCAACACCCCAACCUCCAGCGCCAAGGAGCUGACCCAAGCGUACAGGAAGGGCGCCAUGCAGCCCAAGGCAUCCUGUGCCACCCUCAGCAAGUGCAUCGAGGCGGAGCCUAGCAACGACACCGAAGAGGAGGAGCAACUGAGCACGUGCGGCCACGCGGGCAACACGGAGGAGGUGGCAUUGCCCUCGGCGACCAAGGACUCGGAUUACUGCACGGGAUUCUUGCCGCAGUUUAUCGAGGGGCUGGAAGAUUUACAGGGAACCUAGAGCACAGACACGCUAUAUUUGGUGGUGGUGGAGGGUGUGGGGGGAUUCGGGGGGGUCUCUCUAUCACUUUCACCCUCACUCUGUAAAUUAUAUUGCAACUCGUAGGCGUUCACCUACAA